AUGAUCUCCCCGUCACCGUUAGUGCGGGUCUGCGGACGGCGAGUAAGGGUCGCUCGUCUCCCGACCAGAAUCAGACCCGAGUGUACGGUGCGUAGCUUUCCGCGCCCGCUUCAAAGAGCCUAUAGACCACCACAGACGGGGCCCUAUAGCGCUGAUGAUCAACUGAGGUUGCGGUUUAAGCGCAAUGAGGCACCGAGACCUCGGCCCAGAGACCUCGGCCCAGAGCAGAAGGAACUAGGGAAUGACUUUCGCUUCGUUAUCGGUGUAUCUGUGGAAACAAUCACUACAGAGUACAUCAAUCCGCCUCAAGGACCACCACCUCCUCCUAACUCCGUAUUAUCGAUAACAUCUAGCAACAGAUUGUUACCGGACCUACCAGCACCUAAGAUAUAUUCAUAUGGAUCUUACCCACCCCCGUCCAUUGUAAGGCCUAAUUAUUAUGAAAACUAUCCAGCAUACACGACGACUGUUGAAAUAUCAAAUCCGCCAACGAAGCCAGAACCGACUCCUGAAACUGUAACAAUCAUAGAGAAAGUUGAAAGCCCUCCUCAGCCACCUCCGCGGUUCCCGUCUUUUCCUCCUAAGCCACCGACCCCUCAGCCAGUUACACAAGAAGUUUUACAAACAAAAUAUUUUCCAGGUAAAUAUCCUCAAACAAUAGAGACUAAGACCACUAAUUUUACUAUCCCGGCUAACGAGAUCGGUUCAGAUAAAGCUGUGAUUCUGCAAAUCAACGUGCCUGCCCAGGAGCCUGUAGCGUCCAUCCUACCUCAGCCACCUUGUAUGCCUACAUUUGACAAUUCUCCUUGUGGAAUGCCUCCAAGUCCUAUUAUCGUGAUGGAAAAGUCAAAAUCUUCGUUGAAGAGUAUUCUUCCAAUUCUCUUCUUGUCUCUGUUUGAUGGAGGUCGUGGUAACAAUGGAGGCUGCAGCUGUCCGAAACCUAACAAUGUUCCAGUUCCUUACCCUAUUGCUAUACCUUAUAACAUUCCUGUUGUUACGACUCGUGGUAAAGGUAAAAGUAAAAAACCAGCAAAAGAUAACAAUGAUGAAAACGAUGACAAUAAAUGA